GCGAACUUUCGCACUGUUUCGUUGCGAGAAUCGCGACGAGCGAUCGAGAGGAUAAAUAGAGAGAAAGAAAAAACACGCCGAGUAAACAAGAUCAAACUUAUAAAAAUGACAUGAGGAAUCAACUCUGAGUAGUAAAUCGGACGUUCGCAACAAAGUCGAGAUCGACAAGCGCACAAAAUCAGAAAAAGAUUGAUUUAGAAAUGUCUCGCUUUCGGGAUUCACCGAGAUUCGCGGAUCGGUUGCGCGACAUGUCCGACGACGAGAUGAUGCAGGAAAUAAAGCAGAGAUUCAACGAGGACAGUGACAAAUUCUUCGAGCCAAGAUUUUCGAGACGAGAUCGUUUCGAGCGGCCCUUCCUGCAUUUUCCGAGAGGUUUUUCUUUCGACGACGACGCUGAUAUCUUUGAUCGUCCGCGUAGAGACGGUAUUCGUUCUCAUCUUGACGAUCUUGCGGCGCGUCAUCCCGAGCUCGCUGAGCAUUUACGUGGUCCGCCCUGGUCGUUUGGCAAUUCCUUAUUACGUGAUCGGCGCCAUCGGCGUCGCGACUCUGGUGGCAGCAACAGCGACAACCAACAGCAACAGGGCCAGCAGCAUCAGGUAGACGAAGACGCCCGUAGUCAGGCAAGCGGAAGCAGCGCCGCGAGCGGCGCGAGCGCCGUCAGCUCGCGUAGCGGCGACGAGCCGGAUUUGACGUCAUCGUCAGCGAUACCGCAAUACGGUCUGCGCAAUACAGUGGACAUAGGCCAGCAACAGCGGCGCCGUGGCAUGGAGAUGAGCCCGGAGAUGGGUGAUCGCGGUCAGCGUUCGAUGUCGGCGCCACCGGAGAACCGACAACAACAAGGGCAAAGUGAGCAACAACAAUCGCAACCCGGUCAGGGCCAAAGAUUUGUGUCUCGAGUGGAUAUCACUCCGCAGCACAAUCAACAGCAGCGCUCCCAAUCACCCAGUAAACCAUCCAGCAACGUUCGACAUAUCCCCAUCUUUGUGGAAGGUCGUGAUGAACCGGUGAUGCCGAGGUUCACAUCCGACAAAGCGCCGUCGCCGCCUCCCGCGUUUCAUCAGCGACAACCGUCGCCGCCAUCUUUUCAUAGACCGUCUCACUUCAACGACCAUUUCACCAGACAGUGGCCGCCUGGUUUUUAUGAAUCGACUUUCGAUCCAGGCUUUGAGUCGAGUUUUAAGCCGAUGCGACGGCACCAACAAUUCCAACAGCAUCAGCAGCCACAGUAUCAUCAAGAACCUCAAUAUCAGAAACAGCCUCAGUACUAUCAGCAUCAACAGCCUCAGCAUCGUCAGCAGCAGCAGCAGCAACAGCCUCAGCAGCAGCAACAGCAGCCUCAAUAUCGCCCGCAGCAACAGCAGAAACAACAUACGCAGCAGGAACAGCAGCAGCAGCCGCAACAACAACAACAACAAGAAACGCAGAAACCAAAGCAGGUGGUACCAAAAGAUCCCUUGGAGAAAGUUGCCGAAGUACAGAAAGAAGUAGACGAUUUGGCGGAACAAGUGCGACGUUAUGCCGGUGGCUCUCGACAGGACAAAGAAUACAUUUAUCUAGACGAGAUGUUGACACGCGAGUUAAUCAAGUUGGACGAUAUCGAAACAGAGGGCCGGGAGAAUGUACGGCAGGCGCGUAAAAACGCUAUUAAAACCAUACAGGAAACCAUAAGUCUGCUAGAGACAAAGGCGCCUCUGCCCGUUCAACAAGAUCAGUCUAUGGAAGAAGAAAGUGAACGAAAAGAGGAACAGUGCGCUGACAAGAUGGAAGAAUCUCAGGCAUCCGUGAUCAUGGACGUAGAUGCAAAGCAGGAGAACAACGAGCCAAUACCGCUCCCGCCAAGCUCGUCCUCAGAGACGAAGGAGAAAACGGAAUCUUCGAAAAAUGAAACCAUGACAACGGAGUCUGAGUCGCAGAAUCAGAGUGCCGAUUCUGCGGCUCAACAACAGACGACAAACAUGGAGGUUGAACAGGAAGUAGAGAAAACAGAAACGAAAGAGCCGGUCGCGCCCACGUCAACGGACGAAGCUGCGAAGCGCGCUGACGAAACAACCGGGGAAUCGAAACCGGACGGGGAACAGCAAAAAGACGAUGACUCAACGGAAACAACGACGGAGAGCAAGGACGUGACGUUGAAACAACAACCAGAAGAGGCGAAAGACGGAAGCAAGAUGGAAGUGGACAACGCGCAGCAGCAGAGCUCGACGGAAUCGCCAAAGUCGCAGAAAAAGACGAAGAAAACAAAGAAGAAGCAACAACAGCCGAUCUCCGAGCAAGCGAUUCCACUGCCACCGCCGUCGGCGGAGAGCGCGAAGUAGAAAUGGAACGUUGAGAAAAGAUGUCGUAUAAGAUCGGAUUUUCUCCGAACCGUAUACGAUGAAGUUCGGCAAAGGAAAGUGAAAGAGAAAGAGGAAUAGAGAGAGAGAGAGUUACGUGGAGGAAUCGUUGAGAGAAGAUAUUGUUGAGAAAUGCCGACGAGAGAUUUCGAAGGACAUCGGAAUAUUGUCGUGCCGCGAAGUGGCUUAUUUAAAAGCCGUCGAACAGACUUGCGCAACGCAGUCACUGUUUUUUCCUUUUCUAUUUUUUUUCCGAUGUCUAAACUAGAGUCGAGCUAGUUUGUUUUCGGGCCGAGCAACGAACGAAUCCUUCGACCCUACAAGUCACUCGUCGUUGCCUUAGAGAGGAGGCCUUCUCUUUUUUUUAUACAUACAUAUAUAUAUAUAUAUAGAACGGAGUAAUCACGAGAGUGAAGAAUUAUAGAACAUAACGAGAUUUCUCAAAGAAACGAAGAACCGGCCUUGAGUUGAAAUUUUAUUAAGCAAUUAAGUUAUUGCAUUUGCGCGUGUUCCAAUUUGAUUUUUUUUUUUUCUUUUGUCAACACUAGAGAAGAGAAUCUAUGCGAAUCUACGCGCAGUCUAGCGAAAUUCUGUUUAUCGAGUUUUUCGCGUUUGUUUAAUUUAUUUACUAUACAAUUUGUUGCGAGCUCAUGAAUAAUUGUGAAGUAAGACGGCGUCUAGUCCAUGCGGGAUGAAUUCGAAAUUACGCGCCGAUGUCUGUGACGGCAAUUCACUAGUAGACCGAGUGUGUGAUAUUUCACGAGCCGUACGACAUUUUUGUUGAGGAUGUUAAUUGGCUAAAAACAACAACAGUCAAUUUUUCGAGACUAAAAACAUUUAUCUAUUUAUCCAAUUAGAGUGUCUGAAAGUUUCGUUGCGCGAAAAUAAAAUUGCUUUAAUGAAGAAAAUGCCAUUUCAAUUGGCUAAUUUCACUGUGUUUAUCUGCUAAAUUUAUCGUAGAACAAAUAAAAAAUAACACUGCAAGUGAGAGAAACGAACACAAAUCCCAGCGCGAUCACGAACACGUGAUUUUGAAGAUAUCCUGCAGAGUAAGAAAGAGAAAACAAGAAAUAUAGUUUUAUGAUCGUCGUUGGUAACGAAAAUUGUGAGUCAUCCGUCGAGCAGAUCAAGUCGUUUCGCACGAGAAAACGUGGAAAUUUCGCUGUUCGCGAAAACCCGAAAACGAAACACCACAAUGACAGGCGUUACAAUUAUUACGUUUGAAAAUAAUAAUCAGCAUUCAACAAUGAUAAUUUAACAAAGUUUGUUUCAAAGUAAAAUCUGAGAGUUUAUCAGGAUAACUAUAUCUUCCCAAGAUCAAGAUUGUUGAAAGUGACGUUGGUAAGCGCGAUUUACCAAAGAUAUAUUAUCGUCUUGUGUGUUGUGUGCGUGUGUGUGUGUGUGUAUAAAGUAAUAUGUACACGCAAAUAUACACAGCGUAUAUGUAACAUUAAAUUAUAAACUACGAGAAACGAUAGAGGAAUUGAAUUUGAUACACACAAUAAAAGAACCGAAAGUGUUGUAUCCAACUGACGUUUUUUUUUAUUUUCUACACAUUUGGCGCGCGACGAAAGAAACGCGUGAUGUGAGAGAAAUUGAUCUGCUCGGGUGAGGUGAACUUGAAAUUUUGUGUUCGGUGAAAAGCGUUACGUGAAGUAGUACACAAAAACCAACGACAAAAAAUACGAUAAGUUUAAUUUCUAUUAAUUUAUUACGCAAGUAUGUCUCUGCCUGUGAGCAUUCGCGAGUAUGUUGUGUUUUAAUAUUUUCAGUCGCAUUAUAAGCACGCAUACCCUAGGACCGUCACUGCUGCGACAUUAAGUGCACCGAGUGUGUAUACGAGACGUGUGUAAAUACGCAUGUGUUGAAGUUAUGAGUAUUUGUUUCGAAACCGAAACUGUUCGUCCCUCGUUUUUUUCCAAGCUGUUAGGAAAAAAAAAAAUGUAUUUUAACAGAAAUUUAAUCUUAUAACAUAUGUUAUUUUUCAAAUCGAUUUUAAAUCUCAAAAACAACUUACACGUAAAGUGUAAAAUUAAAUUGAAUUCGAAAUUCUUUCCACAUGUGUGUCGAAAAAAUAAUUCUUAAUGUCGAUUGAUUUUCACAUUAUGGAUUUCAGAUUAUGAAUGUAAUAUCUUUAUGAAGAAUUGCACGCGCGUGGGACGUAAAUAAAGUGCGUAAUUGUGUGUGUAUGUGUGUGUGUGUAUUCUGUUCCUUGUUCACGACGAUACCUCGUUUACCUUCAUGUUUUGUUUUUUUUCUCUCUUAUACCUGUACAUAGUACGUACAACGACAUUUCGUUCGCGUGUCUACUACAACGCUAUUUUCCAGCUGAAAAUUUUGUAUUUUUCUGAUGUAAAAAUAUGUGAAAGGAAAUGCAAGAGAAAAAGAGAAAUGCGCGUGACAAAGA